UCAUAUAUGCGUCUCUAGCAUGGUGGACAAAGACCGAAGAGGUCACCACACGCAACCGUUUGCAGAAACUGCAAGGGCUGGCCGUGUCGAUGUUACAGGGGAUAUGCGCACAGACCCUACAGCAGUGCUUAAGGUCAUACUUGAUCUGCCUCCCUCACAUAUACACGUGAGGAAAUGCAGCCUGCUGGAAGGAAUAAGAAUAUCCCAGAGCGGGAAGCUCCUACCUGGAAACUGGGUUGGACAUGAGGAUAUUGAAUCAACUGGACUCAAACCUGUCGGAAGAAAAACACCCUUUGUACUGCAUAGCAAAGUCAACAGAUGAGAAUUGUAGGCUCUGUGGAUCAGAAGUAGAAACAGCUG